AUGCACGCUUUCAAAUUCGUUCAAAUUUGGGCCCUGCUUGCCAUCGGCGCCGCAGCCAUUCCAACCCCUAUCAAUCUCCCUGCGGCUCUGACUAGCCAGUUGGAGCCCCGCGCCGAAGGAGGCGCUUCUGCCGGCGACGCCAACAAUAUCCAACCUCAAUCGCAGGAGAAGUCGCCUUUCAUAUGCGUCUGGUGCGGCAAGGACAAGGGUGGAUCUUCUGCUUUGAUAGGGCACGAAAUACACAAUCAUCAAGACGAUGAGAUGGUAGCAUGGACGGGAAGAGACCGUCGACUCAACAAAUACGAGACAGACAAGGAAGGAUACAGAUAUUUCAAAAAGUACCCCGGUGUAAGACUUCCUAACCGCACGUGGAAAGGCAAAGGGAAGAGGCCAGAAUAG